AUGGUGCGCCUGCUGAACUACCUCAUGCUGGGGUACCUGACCUGGAAUCUACGGAUAUCAGACGCACAAGGAGAGUACUGCCAUGGGUGGCUGGACAGUAAUGGAAAUUACCACGAGGGCUUUCAGUGUCCGGAGGACUUUGACACCAUGGACGCAACCGUGUGCUGCGGGUCUUGCUCCCUGCGGUACUGUUGCGCGGCCGUGGACGCACGGCUGGACCAGGGAAGCUGUACCAACGACAGAGAACAGGAGAACACGGAGUUUGCAGCGCGUAAGUUUAGACUUCCAAAGCAUGCAGAGCCUGGCAGGAGUGGACAAGUUAAUGCACAAGUAACUUCAAUAUAAAACAUUACACUUGGGAGUGUUGUUAUUAUGUUACAGUCAAAGAUUUCAAAUGUUCAAUAAAGAUUUUAUAUAGUGAAAUAUUUCAAUAUAAAAAAUUGUAUCUAGACACUUUUAACGAGCCCUGUCACUCAAGAGUCAUGUUUGUCACCAUUCAGCCACUUCUGGUCAUUGCCAGGCAUGUAGCCAUAGCAUAAUAUAUUUCAUUAUAAAACGUUUUUGUUUUCAAUCGGUUUUAGUUAUAGUCUAUAUUAACAUUAAAUAUAACCUAUAAAUCCAUAACCUUUUGGCCUAUUUAAAAAUAAUAAUUUAGAAGCCAAAAAUGACUUAGGCUAUCUAUCAUAUAAUGCAAUCAAAGAAAAUACAAAUUAAUGGUAUUAUCUUUCAUCUAUCAAGGCCUAUAUUUUGUUUUCAUAAGCAUAUUGUACAAAUAAUCUCAUUAAAAUGUAUGUUGUCAUUUUCAAACCUAACAUAAGCACUAAAAGUAACUUUUCAUUGAGUUAUAGCGAUGUAAUAGCUGUAUCAAGAUGCAGAAAUGACAGCCUAUCUUGAUUUACAGAGAAACUUUGUGGGGAAAUAAAGCAAUAAGAAGCUCCGAUUCCAUGCAUGUGGUGCACCUGUUUUUUGGCUUGGGCUUCAUUUGACCUCAGGUUAGGUACACUGUGGGCAUGCGAUACACCUGGAGAGUGUCACCAUACAUUCCUCGAGUUACACGAUAUGCAAGAAUAAACAUUGUGUGAUACUACCUCAGACCUGUGUGAAAAGAAAUGGAUUGAGUUUGACCACUAGGCCCUAUAUAAACCAUGCAAAAUUGUAACAAUCAUGCAAUUUAAAUUAUAAUUCUGCACACCAAUGGCAGAAUAGCCUAUCCAAAGAUGCCAUCAGAUUGUGUAUUUGAUACCUUAGGCUAUUUCACGAUACUUCACAAUAUUUUGGCACACAUUUACAUUACGCUCUUUUCCAGAGCGACUUACAGUUUAUUUUUUCAUACUGGCCCCCCUUGGGAAUCGCACCUGUGUAGCAGAGGUUAUUAGCUUAUAAUUAAACUGAAUUUAGGCAUACAUUUUAAAACUAAUUUCACCAAAUCUCAAUUUAAUUGGUCUCCCGAGUUGCUAAGCCCUAGCUGGCGUGGUCAAUACAAUUUCCUAUUUUUUAUGAAAAUAAAUCAUCUUAAAAUAAUUUCCUUCCCUGGCGCCAAUUGCCAUUUUAAAGUGUAAUCUGAACGUUUAAUCUAAGUUUUGGAAAAAUGUCUUCAGACAAAAACGCUUCUGUUAAAUUAUUUGAAUAACCAACAUUCACACUAACUGUUGAAUAGUCCAAUUCAGCCCUAAAACAAUCAAAAUCAAGACAUUGACUCAACAACACCUAAGAAAUAAAAGGCUAAAUGAUAGGUCUAUUAGUGACUACACAACAGAUGGUUUUGUCGGUGCAUGUGGGUUACAUGCAAUUAAAAAAAGUAAUAUAAACAUGCCUUUUAACACUUUGAAUACAUUGUAUUGACAGCCUAACGGUAGUUGCUUAUUGUUAUAGUAGCAAAAUGUUUAUUUUUUUUGCAGCACUGCUUUGCAUUGUAUAAUUCACCUCAGUAGUCUACUUACAUUCUGUUGUGUAAACGUUUACUACCAGAAUGACAUUAAAAUGGGCUAUUGAAAAUAGUUAAUGUAAAUAAAUACUGUAUAUUAAGGGGAUUUAGGAAAGGAUGAGUAAAGAGUAACAUUUCACCUUUUGUCUUCAAAAAUGUCCUUUCUCCUGAAUCCCUUUCCAUAAAAAAGGUGUACUUCUGGAUUCUGUAGAAAACAGAAAGAGAACAAAUUACUUAACACAUGCAUAUCUUAUUCAAUCAAGAUGUGUUCCCAUAGGUCUGUACACAUUUGCAAUACAGGUUAUUAUGCACACUUGGUAUCACACAUAUUUUCACUGACUCCAUAUAGGGUUAAGUAUAAACUCCACUUCUUAUUGGCCCGGUUUCCAUGAGCUAAGCACAGGUCUGUAAGUGAUUGAUAGGUGUAAGCAAUGUUACCACCCUAUUACUUUCACCAAUCAAAACAGUAUUCAGAUCUGUGAUUACUGCAUGGUAAAAUGAUGCAUUUUCAAGUAUUCCAACAGGUAUUCAAGUUAUCAAGUAUUCAAGUACAAGUAUCCAAACACCUGUCCCUCCUUGCAGAGCCCAUCUACGUGCCCUUCCUGAUGGUGGGCUCCAUCUUCGUGGCCUUCGUGGUGGUGGGCUCCCUGGUUGCUGUCUACUGCUGCACCUGCCUGCGUCCUAAGCAGCCCACCCAGCAGCCUAUCCGUUUCCCCCUGCGCAGCUGCCAGGCCGAGACCAUCCCCAUGAUCCUGACCACUGCGCCACCCAGCCUGCGCACCCCCUCGCGCCAGUCCAGCACGGCCACCACCAGCUCCAGUUCGGCCGGUGGGGGCAGCUCGGUGCGCCGCUUCUCCCUCGGAGGUCAGGGGCAGCAGCAGCACGGGUGCUUGGUGUCAGCGUCUGCAUCCUUCUCCCCCUCCACGCCCCAGCCGCUGCUGCCACCACCCCCCUACACCUCCCCCACGGCCUGCAUGCCAGGCGGCUGCCAGCAACCCCAUCCCCACCCCUCCGCCCACCCUCACCCCCAUGCCCAGCUGCAGCUGCACCAGUCCAUGCACCCACACCAACACCCACACCCGGCCCAGGGCACGGGCUUCCUGCUGCCCCAGCAGUACUUCAUCCCCCUGCAGCCGGAGCCCUUGUCCGGGGCCAAGGGCUUUGCAGACUUUGGACAGAGCUGA